GAUUUCGAAGUGGUCUCAUGCGGUGUCCUUGGUCUGAACUUCAACAAGGAUGAGAUAGUAGAUAUAUAUGGACCAGAGAUGUUGGCCUAUGUGGGCAAACUAUCAUUUGCCUCAAUUAUGUUGUGGUACGGCUCGUGCUAUUUGUGCAAGAUAUCUGUUCUCCUCUUGUACCGCGAUAUUUUCCCAACGCGCAACAUGUUGGUUCUCACAAAGAUCGUCUGUGUCUUGACUUUCGCCUGCGCAGUUGCGGUCCUUGUUGGGACCCCUCUUGUAUUGAACCCAGUCAGUAAGCGAUGGACACAUGGAAAGCUUCCACCCGCGGAGAUAACCAACGCAACGCGCAUGGCAAUAUUUGGUGACGUAGCAACGCUGAGCACGGAUAUACUCAUCUUCUCGCUCCCAUUGAAGUCACUAUUCAACCUCCGCGUCAAAUGGCCAAAGAAGGUCGGCAUAAUAUCGACCUUUACGCUCGGCUUCCUUGCCUGUAUCAUCGCUCUCGUACGCACCGGAUUAGAUUACACGCCCGACUCAAGUAAGGAAUUCGAAUGCGUUAUGAACGGACUGGAGCCAAGUAUCGCCAUCAUCGCGGUCUGCGUCCCUACCCUGCGCCCUCUGCUGUAUCGCAAGAGAUAUACAUACAAGGUGACGACAAUCAAGGAGAUAUUCAGCACCAAACCGAGUACCUGUCGUACUCUCGUCAAUCCCGAGAGCACUGUGGACAAGACCGAGGAUGCCUCCACAACCAAGGUGGACGAUGCUGUUCGGUGAUGGCAGGGACAGGAAUCGGGCGAAACAGUCCUCGAUGGGAUUGAAGGGUAUAGUGGUGCAUUCUUGGCUAACUUCUACCUCUACUGGUGGAUGCGGAGAAAAGUUUAAGGGUUUCCUUUGUUCGCUGGGUACCUAUUUGGAUGGAUAGUUCACUUCAACAUGGAUGGUGGGUGGUAAACUUUGGCUACAUGUAAUUAUUGAUCGUCAGUAGUUUGGAGAUUUUGGGACUUCUUGGAUUGAAAUGAGUGUUUAGAGAAAACUUUGAUUUUUGGGGGGUUGAAAUCCGAGGGUAUUGAAGCAUAAUGGGAAAACGAGCUCGGUUUCUACUGAUGGAAUAGGUG